GCCGCGACGUGGAGCAGCGCCGCGCACAAGCGCCGCGCGUUCCCAGCCGCACGACUCGCAUCCACUUCCCUUCGCGCCACCCACCCUCCGAUCGUUCACGGGCUGACGAUGGCCGCGCUCGCAGAUCUCGUGUCGCGCCCCGCGGAAUGGCCGGGGGCCGCGAUGGCGGCGCUCGCGGCCGCCGUGUUCGCGGCCCUGGACGUCGUCGACGUGCUCCUCUGCCUCGUCUACGGCGUCCUCGACGGAUUCCUGGAGGAGAGCCCGCUCGGCUGCUACUGUCAGCGGAGCCGGGGAAAGGCCCCGGCGGGGGAGGAGGACGACGGGGUGUCCGACACAUUGUACGUCCGGAGGAGCGCGUGCCGGGACGCGCUGCUGCGGCUCCUCGGGCCGGUCGGCGGGGGGACGAGGAGGAAGGAGGACGCGUCGCCGACGAAGGCGCGGAGCCCGAGGUGGUCCGACUGCGGAUGCGGGAAGUGCGGGAAGUGGCGGAGCAACGGCGGCGACCGGCUGCACUUCGUCCUGCAGGAGCCGACGGCGCCCAACAAAGGUGCAGAGGAGACGCGAAGCGAGAGUGACCGCGGAGACGACGCCAUCUUCAUCCACGGCUUCACGUCCUCCUCCUCCUUCUGGGCGCAGACCGUGUUCCCCGAACCCGCCGCCGCGAACCACCGCAGGCUGGUCGCCGUGGAUCUCCUCGGCUUCGGCGACAGCCCCAAGCCGGUGAACUGCGCGUACACGCUGCGAGACCACGUCGAGGCCAUCGAGCGGAGCCUCAUCGACCCGCUCCACCUGGGCUCCUUCCACCUCGUCAGCCACUCGAUGGGCUGCACCAUCGCCAUCGCCCUGGCCGCCAAGCACCCGGCGCGGGUCAAAUCGGUCACGCUCGUCGCCCCGCCGUACUUCCUGCCGUGCGAGGAGAGGGCGAGCCAGGUGGCGCUGCGCAGACUCGCCGAGAAGAAGCUCUGGCCGCCGUUGCUGUUCGGCUCGGCGGUGAUGUCCUGGUACGAGCACAUCGGGAGGACCAUCUGCUUCGUCGUCUGCAAGAACCACCGGUUCUGGGAGUGGCUCAUCAAGAUCGUCACGCGCACGAGCGGCGUGGACAUCGUGGUGAGGGACCUGACGAGGCACACGCACCACUCGGCGUGGCACACGAUGCACAACGUGAUCUGCGGCGGGGCGAGGGCACAGGACCGGAACCUGGAGGCGCUGGCGGCGGCGGGGGUGCCGGUGAGGGUCGUCCACGGCGACGGGGACCAGGUGGUUCCGGUCGAGUGCAGCAGCCGCCACCUGAAGUCGAAGCUCCCGCACGCGGAGCUGCGUGUCGUCGGCGGACGCGACCACCGGACAGUGGUGUUCGGCAGGGAGGAGGAGCUGGCCCAAGAGCUCCGGGCGUUCUGGUCGGGCUGCGAGAAGGUAGGGUGUGCAGGCUAAUGGAUUCUGGAUAGUCACAGUGUACAGAACUACAUGAGGAAACUUUUUUUUAACACAAUUACAGGAGGAAACUGUAGGAAACAUGUUGUUCUUCUGUUGACAGCAGCGGGAUUCUUGCUCGUAUUUUUUUUAGAAUGAAGGCAUCACGCCAUGUUCUAUUUUUCUUUUU